AUGGCUGGCGAUACGUUGGUAGAGUUUUACGAACUUUUGUAAACAUUAGGUGAAUUAGACUUAAAACAAUGUUCACAUCUUGAUAUGGAUUACAAAAAUGCAAACAGAUAGCUCGGAAAAAGUCGUGAUGAAGAAAAGGAAAGAGCUAACAUGGGUGGAAGCGGCCAAACUAGUGUUGCAGCGUCAUUCUGCUACUCCCAUGAGUCACAAAGAGAUCCUGAAGGUGAUUGAUGCAGAGCAACUGAAAGAGAUCAGUGGCACAACACCUUUGGCUUGCCUGAAUGCGAUGUUACACGCAUACUCCCAUGGACCAUCCAGUAUCUUCUACAAGGUUGCAGGGCGUAUGGGUGUGUAUGGCCUUAAGAAUGACCUGCCAGGGGGCGCUGUUCUGCUGGAGAUGGAAGAAGAGCAGACAACAGAACUCAAUCUUGAUGAACACGGAGAGCCACUCGAUGGCCAGCCUCACAAGGAAUGUGUCACUGCUGAGCGGAAAAAGCAAAAAGUAUACUAUGCCAAACUCCCCCCUGGUGUGAAAACAAUACCUCCACCGCCACCUCAAAAGACGAUGGAUGCAACGCUACAGGAGAGUGUCGAAAACAGACUUGCUCAUCAGAUAAAUAAAGCUACUAAUGAUGCCCACAAGAAAGAUGUCUCAGGCAGUAAUUCCGCAUCUCCAAAGAGUGCUGCGCCAUUGAGACGGUCACUCAGGACAAAGUACAAGAAGAACAAGGGAUUUCCACGUAUCAUCAUGAAACUAGCAACCCGACCUUCGGAUGCAGAAGCGAAUAAGAACAAUAAACUGCUGUCAUCAUCAGUGCCUGCGUCGUCGUUGCCGUCGUCAGCCCACAGGGUAAACUCUAUAGCCCAGGUACCGGCACCCCGUGAUAACUCGCCGUUCGUACCCGCCUCGUUGCUGCCGACGCCCGCCGUCGCAUCGAGUGUAAACUCUGCAGCUCCGAAGUCGACGUUGCCUGUCACCACGGCAACGUCCGUGGCGGCGGCGGCAUCGUCGCUGAACGCGACUCAGUCGGCGGCGCUAGCGAAGGUCGCGGUGCCGAAGCAUGCUGCGACGGUGGUGCCUCCGCGCAACAUCGUCACGGCGCUUCGCAGCAGUGCGGUGGCGAAUACGCGGUCGCAGACGAACCUGAAGGGUGCUGAUGAGAAGUCAGGGACGUCGAAACACGUCGAAGACAAGUGCACGCCGCAGAACGCCGAGGUAGCUAGCGACGGCGACCACGAGAGGGCGCCUGCAUCUGCCGGUAGCAAACGGCUUGGCGCGUCGAAGGAAGAGCCUACGUCGACAACAUCGUGGGUGCACCGGCGACGUUACAGACGGUCGAGCGGAUCAUCGCAGAGUGAGGUCACCGUCGAUCUGGAGACGCCAAACUCCGUACUCGUGCACACCAAUCUCAGGAAUCUGGUAAACCGGCACACCCUAGUUUCGCUGCCUCAGUCUUACCAAUACCAACUCAUACAGAUGCUGCCUGAAGUCGAGCGAUUAGAAUGUGCUGGAAAUCCAAAGUCUUUGUCCAGUUCAUCUCUGAACAAUGAAUUCCUAGCAAGAGCUCUUCAAGACUGGAAGGAAAGAUUGGCAGAAGGAGAGUUCAUGCCGGAGAACAAGCAGAAGUUGAAGCAGGAGGGUGAGAAAGAUCUCGUGAAGCUGGAUCCGUGGAAACAGAAACACUUUGAGCCAGUGUGGGGGGAAAGGUGUGCAUCACGGCAGUACGACCCCAAAGAGUUCAGCUCUCCUAGCAAAGCCUACAUCAAAGGCUCGAGUAAACCAGGUGGUCAAAAAUCCAAGAUGGUGCUGGACCGAAAGUCACCGGCGCGUGCCGCUGUCAAGAAGUCUUCGCGGAUCGCGGCUGCCAUGAUGAAGAAGCGAGCGGUGCUGAAGGGCUGCAAGAGAACGUUCGAAGAUAGAACGAUCGAUGUAGAACCGGCCGUCACCGCUGACUCCGACGCUCUCGUGGCGAUAUCUGAGCCGGAAGUUGCCGCUGCGGUGGAGCCACCGGUAUCGGCUUCGGUCACAGAUGUCAUCGUGGGGGAGGUUGAGCCUUGUGUCCCGGAGCUGGAGAUUGCUGCAGAGGUGCUGCCAUCUGUAGAAAAGAGGGAAAGUCCAGUUCCUCCUAAACGAGAUCUUGAGGAGCGUGUGUGUUUGGAUGAGGAGAGUGCGUCGUCGUAUAAGAGGCCGAGGGAGGAGGAGAGCUCAGAUGAGACAGUGGAAGUGCAGCUUGUAGGCGAGAUGCCGCAGGCACCUGCUCCAGUAAUUCAAGCUCAGGUGCCGGUCACCAGCGCGACCCCACCGGUGCCGGUGCCAGCGGCGGUGGCGGCGCCGAUGGUUCGAGCUGCGACCGCGCAGGAGAAGCCGCGAGCGCCCUACCUCGCGCCAUCCACCCGCGUCUACCCGACAAUGUUGCGGCCGCAGCGCGUCAUCGGACAGACCCGCACCCUCGCUCAGAUCAAAGCACAGACAAAGGCUAAGCUAGCCGCGCGAGGGCAGGCGCAUGCCGGCGGAGGCAGCCCGACGACGCAGGCGCUCCUGCAGCAGCAUAUCAUGAACAAGCAGUGUCCGGCGGGUCGCGGCGGGGGCGGCUCGGGGCCCGGCGGGGGCGGCGGGAAACCGGGAGGCGGGGCGGGCGGCGGCGGCGGCGGCACGGACGGCGUCAACCUGGAGCGUUCGUAUCAGAUCUGUGAAGCGGUGCUGAAGUCGAGCGGAGGCCGCAACACGGCCGUCCUGCUCAGCAAGAAUAAGAAGCCCGUCGAGCUGAUGGAGACGGCGGAGGGAGGCGAGGGGGAUGCUCCAGUGGCGGGAGGCGAGGGGGAUGCUCCAGCGGCGGGAGGCGAGGGGGAUGCUCCAGCGCCGGGAGGCGAGGGGGAUGCUCCAGCGCCGGGAGGCUGCGAAGCUCCCACAUCCCGCGUUGCCGCGGGCAACGCCGAGUGCGACCGGGCAGAGGCCGUACCGGCAGCAGCGAGCUACUGCACCGUCGUGACGACGUCGCAAUGCCAACCCGAGCCGACCCAGCAACUCAUGUACCAGCACAGCGGCUUCGGUGGCGCCACGGCGGGCGCGACGCCGCUCGGCCCGCCGCCACCAGUCCUCCAGGGGACGCCGCCGCAGCCCUUGUUGAUUGCCGGCGGGCAGGUGCAGGUGACGUCUCUUCCCUCUGGUGUCGGCGGCGGGAACCCGGCGCUGGGUUUGGACGACCUCAACCAACGCUACUACCUGCUGACGUCGUCGGGAGGUGAGCAUCAUCACUACGCCAAGCCGGCGGACGCGAACCCGCAGCGGGCCGCCAGCGCGCCGCCCGGACGCGGCGCCCUCGCCACCGCCGCCGUCUCGCGCUGCGCGAGCGCCGACAACGCGAAGAUCGUCACCGUGGGGGCGCCGCAGGCGGGCGUCGUCGCCGCGGCGGCGCCGGAGAACGGGGACGUCGACGCGGACGGGCUGGGUGGGCUGCUGAGUAAUGGCAAUGAGGUGGUGCAGGCGGUGAACCUCGUGCAGGGCAACACGGUCACACAGGGCAUGCUCGUCGGGAGUGUGUUCAUCCCCUGUAAUAUAUCUGCCGCCGUGCAGCAGCAGCAGAUGGUACUACCGGGAGCGGCGGAGCGGGAGGCUGUGUCGGAUUGCGCGUGCAAUCUGAAGCCGAUGCACACGUGCAGGAACUGCGGCGCGUUCUGCCACGACGACUGCAUCGGUCCCUCAAAGCUCUGCGUCACCUGCUUGAUACGGUAG